AGAAACACCUAUCCAACCCGUAUCAUUCUGUAUGUCUUAUGGGGAACGACCAAAUACUGACUGCGUCUUCCAUUCACAUCUGCUAAUAUCGCCUUCCACCUCAUCCUCCGCAACGCACAGCCCCCUACUGACGCAUACGAAGCACACUGACGAGCACGUCGACGCGCACACACAGUUUCUGACCUUGUCACUGUCGCAGCCAAGCUACCAUCCCAAAGUAGGAUCCGGUCAUGGUGCAGACUAGAGCCCAGGCAGGCCAGCAGCGUACGACACCACCCCUUUUGGGUCUACCGCUAGAAGUCCGGCUUCAGAUCUUCGAAGCGCUCCUCGGCGGCCAUACAAUACAUGUUGGCUAUCCGGACGGCACAGGGCGUGCGACUCAAAGCGACACGAAGCAGUUUCGACGUGGGCAGCAAGUAGUUGCUAGUCUCUGCCAGUCGGAGCGCUCGAGUCAUGUUCGCCGCAACGCGUCGCGCGAAGAGUCGACCGACGUUCACGAAAUGCAGGCCAACUACUUUCCCAUGGCUCAUCGCAGGUGCAUCAGGGAGCGACAGCCGCCUUACGGUGACGACGAGUUGAACCUGCUCCUGAUCAACCGCCAGACCUAUGCUGAGGCCUCGCGACUCCCGUUCGAAAGGAACACAUUCACCUUCCACAAUCCCCGGACACUGGUCCGUUUUACAAGAUGCUGUGAGGCCUAUCAGCGCAAAGCGUUACGAUCGAUUGAAGUGCUUGAGGUUCACAGCCUUCGGCUCUGGGCCAAUGCCCGACUUAGCCGCCCAUUCAUUAACCGCCUCACUUCGCUCCGCUCACUAGAUAUAUCAAUUGAUCUAGUCUCGGAGGACCUCUGGUCAUCCGCGCCGAAACGGCUUACAACAGGUGAGGUCCGGAAGCAGAUCUUCAGCUGCCUAAGGAGCCCAAGGCACAUCACAACGUGCAAGGUUACAGUGCGAAUCGUUGACUGUGUCAGGCGGGAGGUGUAUCUUUCGCUCUCCCAAUUGGGCAUUGUUGUCCGAAAGCCUACGGGGGCGGAGCUUGAUCGGUGGGAGAGGGAGAUUGAAGCAGCAAUUCUGUCGUGAAUGAAUCAGGGGCCGUACUGGAUAGGUAGGGACCUGAGUCGGGAUCGCGUAAUUUAGUGCGGACGCUUCCCUCGGUCUGGGGAAUCCAUGCAGAGAGGGGUUGAGGCAUGAUCGUCAGAGAUCGUUGGCUCAGGAUGAAGAUUGCAAAGCA